AUACAUCACACAACUUAUCAAAUAUUACAAAGGUUUUACAAAAGACACAGAGCUAAAUAAACAUGAGGAAAUCCAAAAAGCAGUCCAGGAGGCCCUCUCAGUUAAACUCCAACAACUACCUAGUCACCCAGACAACAUUUCUAAAAACAUACAACAAAUGUUACCCUUUACCUUAUCUAUAAAAAACAAAACUACACUAAAGCUGUAG